ACCUGAGCGGAACUUCGUCCUCUCAGCGAUGUCCUCCAGACUGGAGGGAGAUUCAAUCCAAGUGUUACUUUCUCUCCACUGAGAUGAAAACAUGGGAGGACAGCAGGAAAUACUGUCAGAGAAACGGGUCCGACCUGGUUGUGAUCAACAGCCAGCAGGAGCAGAGGGCCAUCUAUCGUCUGGAUAGGGACAUGUACCUCUUGUUCUGGAUUGGUCUAAAAGGCACAAAUAGGGUCUUCAGAUGGGUCGAUGGAUCUGCGCUGAAAGAUCAAUUUUGGACGGCUGGGCAGCCAGAUCAUGGCGGUCCUAACAACAUAGAGGACUGUGUGGAGAUGUACCACGAAA